AUUGGGAAAGAAAGGAAACGGGGAGUCAGAAAAAGAAAGUCGAUUUGCGUUGUGGCGGCGGAAAUUUUGCAUUAUUGGGUAUUUGGGUUCACAUAGACGCGGUUUACUUUGAAUACUCAAUUUCUCCAUCGCUGACGCUGACCGUUCCUCCACCAUUAUCCUUCUUCAGUGCAAUUUCCCCUAAUUUCUCUUUUCUUCAAUUCAUUCUCUUCCUCUCUGCUCUUCCCUCUUCACGCAUUCGGAUUUUUUCAAUCUGGUCUUGCCCAACCCACACAUGUCUGAAGGUCAACCCUGUGGCUUAUGAACUUCCUAAUUCCCAUUACUAAUUCACACCGCUUUCCCCAUUCUUUAUCCGUAUGGACCUUUCCAUUAAUCCGUCCCGAUGAGAAACCUUUUCUUUUCAUGCAUUUCUUUGAUUUUUAGCACCUUUAUUUUCCUUAGCAUUGGGAUUUCUUUGGUUUCUGGACGAUGCCCUGACGAUCAGCUGUCUCUGUUGCUCCAAUUGAAGAAUGAUCUCGCAUACGAUUCUUCCUUGUCCAAGAAACUGGUGCACUGGAAUCGAAGUGUUGAUUACUGUAAUUGGAAGGGUGUUAACUGCAGCGACGGCUGUGUUAUCGGUCUUGAUUUGAGCGAGGAGUCGAUUUUAGGUGGGAUUGAUAAUUCAAGCAGUCUUUUCGGUCUUCGGUUCUUACGGGAUUUGAACUUGGGUUUCAACAGGUUUAAUUCCCCGAUGCCUUCUGGAUUUAACAGGCUUUUGAAUUUAAGUGUGCUGAAUAUGUCUAAUUCUGGAUUUAAUGGCCAGAUUCCUAUUGAGAUUUCAAACUUAACUGGGUUGGUUAGGCUCGAUCUUACUAGCUCGUCUCUCUUUCAAGUUUCGACGCUGACGCUUGAGAACCCAAAUUUGAUGACUUUUGUUCAGAAUUUGAGCAAUUUGAGUGUUCUAUAUCUCGAUGGUGUAAAUUUGUCAGCAGCAGGAAGUGAAUGGUGCAAGGCCUUAUCGUCUUCAUUGUUAAAUCUGACAGUGCUGAGCUUAUCGGGCUGUUCUCUUUCGGGACCUCUUGAUUCCUCCCUUGCGAAACUUCAGUAUCUAUCAGAAAUUCGUCUGGAUAGUAACAACUUUUCCUCACCGGUGCCUGAUAAUUUUGCGGAUUUCCCAACUUUGACUUCGCUGCAUCUUAGCAGUUCAAAUUUAUCUGGGGAAUUUCCACGAAGUAUUUUCCAGGUAUCAACUCUUCAGACUCUGGACUUAUCCAAUAAUAAGUUGCUGGAAGGUUCUCUUCCAGAAUUUCCAUCCACUAGACCCCUUCGAACUCUGGUUCUAGUUGACACAAAUUUUUCUGGAGCACUGCCAAAUUCUAUUGGAAAUUUUAAGAAUUUGACCAGAUUAGACUUAGCGAGUUGCAACUUUGACGGAUCAAUCCCAAAUUCUAUCCAAAACCUUACACAACUUACAUAUUUGGAUCUUUCGAGCAAUAAAUUUGUUGGUCCAGUCCCAUCAUUUUCCCAAUUGAAGAAUCUUACUGUCUUAAACCUUGCUCAUAAUCGGUUGAAUGGUUCCUUGCUUUCCACAAAAUGGGAUGAGCUUUCCAAUCUCGUUAAUCUUGAUUUGCGUAACAAUUCCAUCACUGGAAACGUUCCUUUGUCUCUCUUCAAUCUUCAAUCAAUCCGGAAGAUUCAACUGUGCUACAACCUAUUUAAUGGUAGUUUGAAUGGGCUCUCCAACGUGUCCUCUUUCUUACUUGAUACCCUUGCUUUGGAGAGCAAUCGGUUAGAAGGGUCAUUCCCAAUGUCGUUUUUGGAACUUCAAGGUCUGAAGAUUCUCUCACUUUCUUUCAACAAUUUUACCGGAAGAUUGAAUCUAACCGUAUUCAAGCAGCUUAAGAAUAUUACCAGACUUGAACUCUCAAGCAACAGCCUGUCUGUUGAAACGGAUGGCACUGACUCAAGUUCUUCUUUUCCUCAAAUGACCACAUUGAAGUUGGCUUCCUGCAAUUUAAGAAUGUUCCCUGGCUUCUUGAAAAAUCAAUCUAAACUCAACUCUCUUGAUCUCUCCCAUAAUGAACUUCAAGGAGAAAUACCUCUCUGGAUUUGGGGUCUUGAAGAUCUUAGUCAGUUAAAUCUUUCUUGCAAUUCCCUUGUUGGUUUUGAAGGGUCUCCAAAGAAUCUUUCUUCCAGUCUCUAUCUUCUUGACCUUCAUUCCAACAAAUUUGAAGGGCCACUUUCGUUCUUUCCUCCAUCUGCUGCCUAUUUGGACUUCUCCAAUAACAGUUUCAGUUCUUCCAUUCUACCUGCUAUCGGACAAUACCUCUCAUCCACUGUCUUCUUUUCUCUAUCAAAAAAUCGCAUUCAGGGCAAUAUUCCUGAAUCCAUAUGCGAUGCUAAGAGUCUUCAGGUGCUGGAUUUGUCUAAUAAUAACUUGAGUGGCAUGUUUCCCCAAUGUCUAACUGAGAAGAAUGAUAAUCUUGUGGUAUUAAAUCUAAGAGAAAAUGCCUUAAAUGGCUCUAUUCCUAAUGCAUUUCCAACUAACUGCGGUCUGAGGACUCUUGAUCUAAGUGGAAACCACAUCGAAGGGCGGGUACCAAAGUCUUUAUCAAAUUGUCAAUAUUUGGAGGUUUUGGAUCUUGGAAAGAAUUGGAUAGAUGAUAUCUUCCCAUGCUCAUUGAAGAGCAUAUCCACUUUACGGGUGCUUGUUCUUCGCUCAAACAAAUUUCAUGGUAAAUUUGGAUGUCAAGAGACCAAUGGCACUUGGAAGAGCCUCCAAAUUGUUGACAUAUCUCGAAACUACUUUAAUGGUAGCAUAUCUGGAAAAUGCAUAGAAAAGUGGAAAGCAAUGGUCGAUGAGGAAGACUUUAGCAAGUCAAGAGCUAAUCACCUUCGUUUUAAUUUCUUCAAAUUCAGUACUGUGAACUAUCAAGACACAGUAACUAUUACAAGCAAAGGUCUGGACGUUGAACUGACAAAAAUCCUAACAGUCUUCACAUCCAUUGACUUCUCGUGCAAUUACUUCGAUGGCUAUAUACCUGCAGAGAUCGGAGAACUCAAGGCGCUUUAUCUUCUCAACUUCUCCCACAAUUCCCUGUUCGGUGAAAUUCCCUCAUCUAUAGGAAAUUUGAGUCAGCUGGGUUCUUUAGAUCUGUCAAGUAACAUGCUUACUGGCCAAAUCCCUCUACAGCUUGCGGAACUAUCGUUUCUAUCUGUAUUGAAUCUGUCUUACAAUCUGUUGGUUGGUAUGAUUCCCACUGGCUCCCAAAUCCAAACAUUUUCUGCAGAUUCCUUUAUUGGUAAUGAAGGAUUAUGUGGAGCCCCUUUGCUGAAUAAAUGUGAAACUUCCACUCAUCCAACUUCGGAUACAAGUAACAAAAAAUCAGCUUCAGUAGCUGAUGCUGAUUGGCAAUUCGUAUUCAUUGGAGUUGGGUUUGGAGUAGGAGCAGCAGCAGUUGUUGCUCCUCUUACGUUUUUGGAGAUGGGUAAAAAAUGGUCCGACGAUACCGUUGACAAAAUUCUUCUGGCUAUUCUUCCAUUAAUGGGAUACAUCUACCUGACUUCCAGUGACCGCAGAGUUGAACCAGAAGAUGAUAGCAAAGAUGACGACGACGACGAUUACAUCGCAGUUAUUUAUGAAAAUGAAGAAAGUGAAGAAAAAUCCUCAGAAUUUAAAGGGCAAUAUUGUGUGUUUUGUUCAAAACUUGACAUCUAUAUGACGAAGGUUAUUCAUGAUCCUCGAUGUACAUGUCUCUCUUCACUGUCCCCAACUUCUUCUUUUUCUACAUUUCGAGAAAAAAAUUAAAGCUUGAAAAGGUAAUUUCCAUUAUUUUUGCGAUUCUAUAAUUUGGAAAAUAAGAGCAUAUCUUCUGCUGUACAUAAUUAGGUAUCAUCAACUUGAGAAUUGGGUUGUUGAAAUACUAUUAAAUUGUCAUUUGUAUAUUCUCUAACGCUUUCUUCUUUCGCUUUCUACAUUUGUAAGGAAAGAAAUUAGGACAUAAAAAUGUUAUUUC